GCCCGGGGGUUGGGGGGUGGGGGGUGGGGGAAGACGCCGAGCACCGAAGCAGGGCCCCGGGCGGAGGGCGCGGUGGGGCUGCGAGCACGCUGGGGCACGUGGAGGGGCGCGGAGAGCGAAAUGAGUCUGGUGGGGGGCUUUCCCCACCACCCCGUGGUGCACCAUGAGGGCUACCCGUUCGCCGCCGCCGCCGCUGCCGCCGCCGCUGCAGCCAGCCGUUGCAGCCACGAGGAGAACCCCUACUUCCACGGUUGGCUCAUCGGUCACCCCGAGAUGUCGCCCCCCGACUACAGCAUGGCCCUGUCCUACAGCCCCGAGUAUGCCAGCGGCGCCGCCAGCCUGGACCACUCCCAUUACGGGGGAGUGCCGCCCGGCGCAGGGCCCCCGGGCCUGGGGGGGCCGCGCCCGGUGAAGCGCCGAGGCACCGCCAACCGCAAGGAGCGGCGCAGGACUCAGAGCAUUAACAGCGCCUUCGCCGAGCUGCGCGAGUGCAUCCCCAACGUGCCCGCAGACACCAAGCUCUCCAAAAUCAAGACGCUGCGCCUGGCCACCAGCUACAUCGCCUACCUCAUGGACCUGCUGGCCAAAGACGACCAGAACGGCGAGGCGGAGGCCUUCAAGGCGGAGAUCAAGAAAACAGACGUGAAAGAGGAGAAACGGAAGAAAGAGCUGAAUGAAAUUUUGAAAAGCACAGUAAGCAGCAAUGACAAGAAAACCAAAGGCCGGACAGGCUGGCCGCAGCACGUCUGGGCCCUGGAGCUCAAACAGUGAAGAAGAGGAGGAGGAGAGAGCGAGUGGGCAGGGGCCGGUGUGCCAGACACAGACCCAGGACUCCAGACCAGCCCUCAGCUUCGCUCUGAGGCUCUGAGGACUACUCGCAUUUGGAUCAUCCGGUUUAUUUAUGUGCAAUUUUCGUCCCCCUCUCUUUGCCCCUGUUUGAGGCAUCUGUUCCCCUACCUUUCCCUCCAAAACAGUGGAUAUUUGAAGAAAAGCAUUCCAUAUUUUAAUAUGAAGAGGACACUCCCAUGUGGUAAGGGAUCCCUUCGACUGGUAGAUUCUGUAUGUGUGAAUGUCCCCUGUUGGCUGUGUAGACACCACCGAUGUCCCUCUUCACCUAACCAGCCCCUCCCAAGAUAAAAACAGCAGACACUAGUGCAUAUGUGAAGUAUAUCUUUGAUACCUGGCCUUUGGAUAUAAAUAUUCCUGAUGAUUAUAAAAUUUUAUUUCAAAACAGAAUACAGGGCCACUAACAUUUCAGUUGGGGUCAGUAACUAGUGCUGUCCAUUCAUAUGUGAUCAUUCCCUACUCAAAGAUGUUUCCAACAGUUGCUUGUUUUGUGCACUUCCGUCCUCUAAAACUAAAUGGAAUUUAAUUAAUAUUGAAGGUGUAAGCGUUGUAAGUAUUCAAUAAACCACUGUGUGUUUUUUUUACAAAAUCCUAAUCUUUUAAUGGCUGAUACCUCAAAAGAAUUUUGAAAACAAAGCUGUUAUACUUGUUUUCAUAAUAUUUAAAAUAUUCAGAAGUAAACUAAAUUAUCAUACUUGCCUCUAACUUUAUUUGAAAGUCAGUGGUUCCGAUCCAUCAACAUGACUGGUGGCUGUCCCGGUGAGGCUGAGGAGGCACUGUUAAAGAGAUGUAUCUUUGAUGGAAAUCCUGCCUGUCGGCCUGUCUCUCUCCUUCUGCCCCAGCCUCCCAGGAGGCCAAUGAGUCGCCUAUUGCACAAGCCUCUGGACCCUAGGCACAUCCUCAGUUGUCUCAGAGGGUGGAACAGUGUCUUUACUUUCCUGAAAUUAAUCAGAUGCCUGACUGGGGAGGGGGCUUAGAUUUGUGUUGGGUGAGAGGUUUUCAGUGGAGGAGGUGUGAGAAGAAUCCCAGGCAUUAUUACACCCUCAGGAAGUACUGUAGACUGUUUGAUUUAAAAUAUAGGGGAUAAAAGGAAAAGAAAGGGAGGGAGAAAGAGAAGGUUUUGAUUGUAACCUAGAUUGGGAGGAUUCUCUUCAGAGCAGGCAGGGCUGGUGAUGGUGGAGGGCUUUUGAAAAAACGGUAUGAUUAGGUAACAAGGAAUUUUACGUCAAGUAAGAAAUUGUGAACAAGACCACAGGUUUAAAGGGGGGCAUGGGGUGGGCUAGAUUUACAAGGAGCUACAAGGAACUCAA